AUGCCGCACUUCGACCAGCUUGAUGCGCCGAAGAAGGGCAAGCCGAUCAAAUCAGCCUUUGAUAGUGAGAGUUUCGACGCGGACGGCACGAUUCACGUUGCCGGCCUGGUGGGAUCAGCGACGAUAGCCCCUUCACAGAGGGAUGUUGCUUUAGCAUCACCCGAAGGUUUGUCCAUCAUUGACCUGGACUCACCAUACAAUCCUCCUCGCCGUCUCAGCAGUCAUGGCUCCCCUUGGCUUGUCACCGACGUCCAAUGGUCGCCCUUUGCGGUCCGCGACUAUUGGGUCGUCUCCACUGCUAAUCAUCGCGCGCUUGUCUGGAACCUCAAUUUGAGAGAUGAUUCGACAUCAGGAGCUAUUGAGCAUUCUCUCCAGGGCCACAGCAGGGCCAUCACGGACAUAAACUGGUCCGCACACCACCCGGACCAGCUCGCUUCGUGCGCCGUCGAUGGUUACGUCCACUGCUGGGAUCUCAGACGCCCAAGACAGCCUGUCCUUACUUUCUGCGACUGGUUUGCCGGCGCCACGCAAGUUAAGUACAACCGUCAGGACCCGCACAUUCUAGCUUCAUCUCACGACAGGUGGUUGCACAUCUGGGACGAACGACGGCCAAGCGAGCCCCUGAAAUCAAUCAGCGCACACACCUCAAAGAUCUACGGAAUUGAUUGGAAUCGGACCACCUCUACAAAGAUUGUAACUUGUUCUCUGGAUAAGCACAUCAAGUUUUGGGACUAUGGCAGCGAUCAAGAUGUUCCGCAUCGCGUUAUACGAACCGAAUUUCCGGUGUGGCGCGCUCGUCAUACCCCCUUUGGCCAGGGGCUCCUUGCGAUGCCUCAGAACGAACCAGGCGAUCUGUACCUGUACGACUGGCGAACACCUCCCAAAGACCCUAAGGAAGGGCCGACUGAGCCAGUUGCAGUAUUUCCUGGCCACGGUAAUCACAAGGCCAAGGAGUUCUUGUGGAGAAGUAGAGGGAGCAUCACCGAAGAUGCGCUAGAUCACAGAGAUUUUCAGCUCGUCUCUUGGGGGGAGGACAACGAGCUGCGCCUUCAGCAAGUUGACCCGUCCAUUCUUGAGUCUGUGGGCUAUGUCAAGGGGAUGGCAGCCAACAAGAACGUGGUGCUCACACGCAAAGGCGCUGCCUACAAAACCUUCCGAACAGUUGAGGACAUCGUCAGCCGAGACAGGAGGAGUGCGACAAUGAGCGACCCCCGCAACGGCGCGCAAUACCGACAGAGUGCUCUGACUAUGGGUAUGCGGUCGGGUCCGACAACCUACUCCAAGCUUGGUGCGGCUUGGAAAGGUUCAUCAAUGAAAGCUAAAAGCACCUCCAGGGAAAUGGAUCGCAGCCAGGCACACAUUGGCUGGAUGAAGGGAAUCAUGAUGAAUAAGAGGAAGACCUCCACAGACAGCCCCAGAAGGGCAGAUUCGAAAGACUCCAGCAUGUUCAGCCCAGGAUACAUGGACGAUGACAAGUGGGGAGAUCCAGAGACUAUCCAGGAAGAGUUUCUCCGCAUCAGCAUGCAGCUACCCAAGGUCAAGUGGGAGCACAUCGACAUGGACAACUUGACGCUCAAUGCAUCCCUCAACGGCCCCUGGGGCGCAAAUGGCGAUCCCAUCUUCAUCAAAGUUACGGUCGACAUACCGUCCAACUACCCCAAAGCCAAAGCACCGAGAUUUUACAUUGAGAAGACCGGUUUCAUGUCGGACAAGACGCAUAGGAAGAUCGAGCACGAAAUCCAUGAGCUUUGCCACCAGUUUUUGGAGCGAAAACAGAAUUGCUUGGAUGUUGCCUUCUCUUACCUUUUAGGCGAGAUUGACCUGGCGGCGAGCACGAAUUUUUUCAAAAAUGUAAAGGACCUCGAUGAUCCAUUAGACGGACUUGGCUCCGACAGCUCCAGCGAAGACGAGAACGAUAUUCCGGCCGGAGGUUCGGCGUCCAUGUCCCAAGAAUUGCCUCCAAACGCCGAGGCCGAAAGUACGUUGGCACCAAACAACAGACCGACAAUUCCGCCCCUGCCGCGGUUUUGCGGUGCCCGCUUUUCCAACGACGGGCGGCUUGUGUGCUUUUUCCCAACCAAGGAAGAAAAGGCAAGGGCAUUGCUCUUCACGCCGGCAGAACCCAUGCGAGAGAGGUCAAAGGGGGAGCCUGUAUUCGCCGGCUUCGGUCGUCUUGCGCACGAUUCGGCGCCGGGCAAGCGAUAUGGCAACGACGAAAUAUCUGCCACAGAUGAGCAGUCUGACUCUGAAGACUCCACCGGUUCGUCGUCGUCAAGUGACUCGGAAUCAACAUCUAUCAACAAGAUGAGCUUGUGGUAUCAACCCCGGCAUCGUUUCAAGCGAACCUGGAGUGACAACCGCUCUCUCCGGUCAAGCGGCGGCGGCACAGGAGUUGGUACCGGAACGGGGACAGGAUCUCUUCGAAGGCGACCCGGCGCCAAAUCAAAGAAUGUCAUCUCCCUCCACGACUUAUCGGACCUCCUUCCUGCGAAGAAAGAAUUUGCUGAAGAUUAUGCAAUAUUUGGGGAUGGCGCUGAGGUCUGCGAGCACAACGCUCAGGUUGCAGAGAAGCACGGCUGCCAAGAUCUUGUAGAUGUCUGGCGCUAUCUCUCACUAAUACUUCGCCGAGAUAUCCCCUUGGAGUUGUCAAAUAUGGACCAUCACCAAAACUCCAUUCUCAUCAUUGCCAGAGACGCUCUUGCGCGAUUCCGUCAUGAAGGGUCGCCGGUUGUCAAGACGAUCAAUGGGAAGGACACUGCUGACUUCAACGGGAGAGUGAAGUGGGGCAAUCAUCCGCUGGCGAGGGAUUUCAUCAGCGAUCUCUUUGAUUACUUUGAGAAAACUGCGGAUAUCCAGAUGCUAGCCAUGUUGUCUUGCAUCUUUAGCGAAGCAUUCACCGAAGACAGCGUUGCCUACGCCGAGUCGCACCUAGCGCAGCCAGAUACACCCCUGCCGAUGAAAACUCCUGCCUUUUCUCUCGACUACUUUCCCACGGAUGCAUCGUUGUGGACUUACAACGGGAGGAGUCAGACGAAUUCGGCCAUCACCACGCCGAGAACAUUACACACACCUAUACGGUACUCCGGAUCACAAGGAUCCGCUGAAGAGGUGCUUUGGGCUGGCGACCCAGGCUCGAACUCUUACUCUUGCGGCGAAACACCACCACCAAGAGGUAAAGAAUAUCUUGGUGAUGGUGACCAGACCCCGAGUCUUUCCACCUCACCCAGUGGCAGGACGCUCUCGAGAGCCAAUUCGGGUUUGACGUCGAGCUUCGCAAUCAACUUCGCCCGACCUUUCAGCGGUGUUGCAACGGGGACGACGACCGCAGCAUCGUCGCCGCCUAACCACGGUCGUAAGAGACCGAGUCCAGCGGAGACAAUACUAAGCACCCUCGCCCCCAGCGCACCCGGUGCCGUCACUUGGGGAGGCUCGACGAUUAAGACGGACUCGGGCACGGCUCGCACCUCUCUCUCAGAUGACGAGGUGUACCGCGAUGAUCUAUUCUCCUUGGUACCCAUUGGUGUGUCCGUUCAUAUGGAGGACCAGACCAUCUUCGAUGACGACGGAUGGAUGACGACGCCGCUUCUCGAGGCCAAUCGCGCCGACAUGUAUGCCACGUAUCGCUACGUCUACGCCGAGAUUCUGCAAAUGUGGAACCAGCCUCUAGCCCGCCUAGAGAUUAUGAAGUUUAACGUGCUUCAGCAAAGCCAGGGGGCUGGUGCGCUUGACGAAUUCCACGAGACGUACAGUAUAGCCGACACUUCUACGACAGUUCAGCAGCAUCAUCAUGACCAGCAGCAUCAGAGCCAUCAGGCGCAGUAUCACCAACAGCAACCCCACAACACCUCUCCGAUCCUCCUCGGAAAGAAGGAGCAACUCCAGGCUCUGGUGGCCUCAGGCCGCGGCCUCGAUGUCACCGGCGUCUGCCGCGUCCACGAGACUCAGCUCGAGCCACUCAAAUACACCUCGGCUACCGCGACCCGUUCCGGCGGCGCCGUCGGCGUGUGCGAUCGCUGCCGCCGCCCCCAGUGCCAGCUUCUCUGCGUAUACUGCCGCGAGCCCGUCGACGCACUGUACCCGCCAUGCCUCGGCUGCGGCUGCGCCUUCCACGAGGCCUGUCUCGCGGAAUGGCAUGCCGCCGGCGAGGUCUCAUGUCCUGCCGGCGACGAAUGUAACUGUGUCGAGGAGGCGUCGAGCGGGCAGGUCGAGUCUUGGACCGCCAUGAUGGGAGCGCUGAGGAAGGGACAACAGUCUGCUGCGGCUGGGUCUGCUGCACCCGCGGGUGGAGUCAUGGGUCGCGGGUUCGUGCUGCCGCCGCCUGCGAUUGAGGAGCCCGAUGACGAGGAAGUCGAGAGAGGCGACUGGGAGAGCGUGGCGAGUUCCGCGGGUAUCCCUAGCCGGAUGCAAGGUGGGGGGGCGGGCAGCAGCGCGGUCAUGAGUGCCGCGCGGAUCAGUCUAGGAAAUAGACUUAAGAAGUCUGCGGGCGAUACCGCGGCUGCUUGGUCUCGCGCUUCGAGCUUGAGGAAGGGCAGGGGUAGUGGUGGUGGUGGUGGUGGUCAUCCCGGAGCUGGGGUCGGGCACGGGAACAGGAAUGGAGGUGCCGGCGGGAGUUGGAGAAGCGAGAAAUGA